AUGGGAAACGAUCCCAUCAAGCCUCCUUGCCUGAUCGGAGUGCUCCCAGGACACUGUAAUUUGGAGCUACCAACCUGUAGCAAUUGUCGUAGCGCUGGUGCUGAAUGUGUCGAUGGAAAGUCAGCUCGUGCUGAUGCGGCACCUCGACAAUAUGUCGCAUCUUUGACGAACCGCAUUAAUUGGUUAGAGUCCAUUGUCCGAUCGAAUUGUCCUGACGUCGACUUAUCCCAAGGUCCGCCUGUCUUAGGAGAAGCUUGGAACGACACCAACUCUGAAGGUGCAGACAAUUCCACCCUCCCAGCCCCAGCGCCAGAGCCUGUGCAACAGAGCUCUGAAGCCGUAAUAAAUCCUCAAAAUGAGCCGCUGGAAACUCGGCCAGCAACGCAGCCUAUAACAUCUACUUCGGAACCCACAGGAGCAAGUGCCAUGACCCACGAGAUUGGGCUGGUUUCCCUUGCCACGAACCAAGAUCCACGAUACAUCGGUCCAUCCAGUGGUUAUUUCCUAGCACGAGUCUUACUAGACUCUGCCUCGAAAUCAGACGAUAGCGUUGGUCGCGCCAAUCGCAAUGCUCCGUUCCCUUUAAGGCUGGUUGAAGCCCUACAGGGGCCACUUCCACUCCCGCCCAGAGACACGGCAAUGCAAUUAUGUGAAGCGUACUUCAGCGCUAUCAACUUACAGUAUCCAAUCUUACAUCAACAUCGGUUCUAUGACUACCUGGAUAUGGCUUAUGGUGGAGAGAGCCAGGACCCUGCCGCCCAUUUCCAAGUCUUUAUGGUUCUGGCGAUAGGAUCUGCUGUUCUUUCUGCUCGAACUAGAGCUCGCAUACCAGCAGAAUCGUAUUGUCUCUCUGCACUUCAAUAUCUCGAUGAAUUAAAUGUCGAGAACUCGUUGAAGGGCAUUCAAUGUCUUGUCUUACUCCUCAUCUUUACUAUACACAGCCCGUGCGUUCGCCUCAAUGUCUGGUAUCUCAACUAUCACUGCAUCGCUGCCCUGGUCGAUCAAGGUCUUCAAAGGAACAUCAGCAUGGGGCCAGACCACAGCCUGUUCAAUCAGGAGAUGCGAGCCAGGAUCUUCUGGGUCAUUUACUCUUUCGAUCGCAUUAUUGCGACUAUGAUGGGUCGACCAAUUGGACUGCGUGAUGAGGGCUGUGAGCUCCGUAUGCCAUUGGGUCUGUCCGACGGGCAACUUUUUAGCCAGAGGCAACAACAUAGCACCGAGCCGUCCAGUGACAUGGCAUUUGCAGUUCACUUAUUCGAAGCGGCCAAACUCAACUCGGAGAUAAAAUACAUCGCUCAAAGCAUCAUAAGAGAGACCCCUAGAUAUGCUUAUCCCAGAGUGACUAACAUUAACGACUGGCAAAACGCCAUGCUGCAGCGGCUGGAUGAGUGGUCAGACAAGAUACCAGGUCUUGGUGACCCUGACGUGUUGUAUCUGCGAACGACUUGUCAGCUUCGAUAUCACGGUCUACGAAUGCUUCUACUGAGGCCCAGUCCUGCCAUUCCCAAACCACCCAAAGAAGCCUUGAUAAAGUGUCACCAAAGUGCAUGUGAGAGCCUACAGCUGUUUGACCAAUUGUAUAAGAAAAACCUGCUUGUUCAUAGCUGGACUACUUUCCACGGGCUUGUCCUCAGUUCCAUAACUCUGUUAUACUGCAUCCAGUCAGUGUCGGAAAUCGCCCGCUCUACCGGUGUGGACGCCUUCAUGUCUGACCUGAGCAUAUCCCUCAGCAUUCUGGGGGCUACAGGCGAGCAUUGGUCUGGCGCCAAACACAGUCGCGAUAUUCUGGAUAGCCUGGGUAAAUCAACUGUUCGAUACAUUCGAGAAAAGAACAGGCGAUCCGAGGGUUUGCGUGACCGCUCUGCACCGCAAGUUAAUGAACAGGUGAUUGAUCCCACACUCUCAACAGAUGCAUGGGAGAGUUUGGGGCAGGAGUUCAAUGGCAUCCAGGGAUCGUCAUCGCACAUGAAUAUUGACGACGAUAUGGGGUUCAUGCAGAACCAGUUCUACGAAGGGUUGCUUAACGAGACAUUCGCUGAAUACUUCGAGCCAACUGAGUCGACAAACCUCGAUAACAUUGUUCGCGACCUGUUCCAAGGCCUUAUUCCAACAGACUCAAUCUAA